CUGCCAUUAAUCUCGUUAACGCCGAGACUACGCGGGAUUUCAUUUCCUGGUUUACCGAAGCCUGCAAUAACUUCUGUCAACAAAGGAGAAGACGUAUGUCGGAAUGAGCCUGGAAUCUGUGAUUUGAUCAGCUGUGCUGAUGUCACCCUGUAUAGCGAUCACCAGCUGUGUCCUUAAUCCAAAACAAUCCGCACAGACCAUGAGGGAAAGCUCCAUUGGGGCCUUUGUGUUAUAACCAAGAAUAAUCAUGAGGAAAUCAAGUCUCCAGGUUUUUAAAUGUCUUUAUUAAAUGACAGGGGUACAAGCUCGUCUGAAGAACUCUAAAACUGGUGUCAAAUUCUGAUCAUACAGUGGGCAACUCUGAAGUCGGAACAAAAAAAGAAUCGGUGGGGAUAUCGUCAAAUAGAGCAAGGAUUACUGAUUGGGGAGAGUAUUUCGGUUUUAUGGUGAAGAUAAUAAAAGUAAAACCUAAUCCUGAAACAUUUCAAGGAGGGAUUUAGUAUUCUUAUCAGGGAAAGGGUUUUAAGAAAUGUGGGUGUUAUAUUGAAAAUCGUUUUUUCUCGGCCAGGAUAUUGAGAUUUUUGUGUAUGGGGAAUGGCGAGCAGUGGUAAUGUCGGAAACAGGUCUGUAGUGUGGAACCCUGAUAAAAGGACUGCACCUCAGCCUCCGCAAAGUGGCACUACCUCUACAGGAUCCACAACAGGCAGUUCCUCUAUAGGAAAUAGCAGUGGUGGUGGGAGAGCAGAUACCACACACGGAAAUCUACAGAGGAACCACCAACGGUCAGAGUACCAGUCAAGUUUUGUUGACAAUCGCAGUUGGGUGCAUAAUAGUCAUAAUUUGCAUAACUGUAUAAACAUGGAACAAAACAAUGAAGAAAGUGACAGUCGUGUCUCAGCCAGAGGCAAUUCUAAUUUACAUGAAUCAGUAGGACAAACUAGUGGCACCCCCAGCCAAUCAAACGUCACAGUGGAAGGCAGUGCUUCCUUGGCACAACCAAGAGAAGUUGUAGGGGAACUGAACCUAGGCUCUGACCCCACAGUGCGCACAGAUAUAUCACAGGAGUCAGCCAACAAUGAAAACAUGGCCCCGAGACAUCCGAUACAAACUCAGGAUGUAGACAUCGGAGUCACCUCUGGACGGCAGCCGGAGAUGCGUCACGAACCUCUACCUGAUCUUCUGCACUCUCAUGUCAUUCCCUCACAAAGUUCCAACCCCUCCUGGCAGGGUGGGGGGCAUUCCCACCCUAGUGGUCAGGACCCCAGGGGUUACACCCACCAUCCCCACCACCACCGCCAUCAUUCUAGACACCACCACAGAUCUGGACAUCGCUCUCAUCACAGUCGCCGGCGGCACCGAUCGCGGAGUUCGUCUGCCACAGAACCUGAACCCUGCAAGGAAGGAUGCCUGUCUUGUCUGGCUGCCACCACAUCAUUCCGAUGGAUUCUUGUGAUUCUGUCUUUGUUGGGAGUGUGUUGUGUGGUGACUGGGAUUGUGUUAGCGGCCCUACACGCCACUGGAAACAGUUUCCUUUUCCUUGCCAUUAUGUUUAUAGGUCUUGGCGUCUUAUUGGUUGUGGUCGUAGCUGUGGGAUGGAAAUGUACCCCUCGGGGUCAUGAACCCCUGCACGCUCUGUUUGGCCUUGGAGAUUUCAGGCACCAAGAACGAAGGUCAAGGUCACGACGCCAUGGUCGAUCUUCCAGGGCGAGAGAGCAGCAGUGGUAUGGAGGAGUUAUGUACCCUGAGUUCCAGUACCGACGACCUCCUCCCUCCUACAACGCCUCGAUGCAGGACUUCCAGCAUCAGCUGGCCUUGGCCCAGAGUCAGCGAGAACAAUUCCACGCCACUGAGGAACUCCCAGCUGAGGACUACAGCCUCCCCAGCUCCCCGCCCCCCUCCUACCGGUCAAGAGCCAGCACUGUCAGGACAGGGAUACAGAUCACAUUUCCCCCCACCCAAGGGGAGAAUUCUCGACCUCCAACCUAUAGGUCACAUGCCAGCACUCAAGGUCACACAGCUCAUCAGAGACCAUCCUUACCAGAAGAUUAUUUGCAGCAAGGAAGUGACGUGGCAUUCACUGGACAUUAUACUGGUAAUUCGCAGCAGCACUCCCGUAAUAGUAGUGCUGGGAAUUUCCGAAUACAUUCCCGGAAUAACAGUUCAACAGACAGGAAUGUGGUUUCCACAGUAGUGGAGCCGCAGGGAGGUGGUUCAGUGGCAGUCAGUGUUAGUGUAGUGUCAAGUUCAUCUCAGGAUCAACUUUUGGACAGUGCUGUAGAACAGACACUUCAGACAUUGGAUGCAGUGACAGGGGCAGAUAACCCCGCCCAAGAAACGACCGAGGACAUUUAUCCAAUGUUUACCCCCUUAUAAUGAUUGGGCACCCCUAGGCUUACUUAUAAGUUAUAUAGUGAGUUGUGUGAUUCAUAAAUUAAUGCAAUGUUUGACUUGAUUGUUGUUUUGUGUUUUUAAGAUAUAGAGGCAAUAAUAAGCAUAUGUUAACCAUUCCAUAUAAAAAUUUGUCACUAAUUUUGUACAAUAUAUAUAAUGGUUUUAUAAUGUGUUGUGGAGUAAUCUUUUUAUAUCAAAAUAACUUGAUAUUUAUGAUUUUAUUUAUAUAAAUUUUAUGUUAAUAUAAAGCAGUAUUUUAUUCAUAUCGUGUGAUAAAUUUCAACAUGGCAUCGUCAUUUUUAAACUAACACUAUUUACAACUUUAUCAAUAUUUUAGAAAAACUUUUUAUUUUAGUGCAAUUGAUAUUACAUGUACUUUUAGGAAAUGCAAAGUAUUGCCUUGUAAAUGUUAAAAUGUGUUUAUGUGACAUUGUGUGUUGUCAUAACUGUGGCAAGUUCAUAGAAACUAGCCAUUCCAUGCAAGAAGGAUAACUCUUUUUAGUGACAUUGCGUUUUCUCUGUGUAGUGCAUGAAUGUAAACUUAUCUAACAAGUAACUUGAUGUUAUUUUUUUACUUGUAAUACGAAUGUUAUUACUUUACAGUGCCAAAUAAUUGUGUGUAUUCUUGCCUGUAUCAAUGUACAUAUCUAAUAUGGCAGGAUCUGUAGGUGGCUUUAGCUUUUUCUAGCCUUGCUGUUUUGUGAUGUAGUUACUUCCCUUUGUUUAGUGAUUCAUGACCAAGUUGACACACACCACAAUUGUUGCCUCGCUUCCCCAUUAUAGUUAAUUAGUAAAUAAAUAUCUUCACUGGCUUCAAAGACUGGUAAAUACUGGCUAAUUUAAAGAAAUACAUAUAAUACUAUGCUACUCGUACAGCAUUUCCAAAAUACAGGAAAAUGUAUUGAAUGGGCACUGGGAUACAGUACUAAGGAAAUCUGAAAGAAGAACACAAUUUCUGAAAGAAAAAAACUGUAUCUUAAAAAUAUGAACAUUUAAUGAGUUUGAUGAUAAAGAGUUCGGUUUUUUAAUAACAAUUUUGAUAUGCAAGUAGCAUACUGCACAUUAUGAUUCAAUACAUAUUGAUAACAACUUUUUCACGUAUACAUUCAUAUCAAAAGAAGUGAUAUUUCAAGCAAAUAAUAAGCUCCAUUUUUUUUCUUUUCUUUUUUUUGUGGCGUUAAAUAAUCUGUAAGCUUAUUUUUUAUGUGUUCAACUUAAAAGUUUUUAGUAGAUGUUCAUACACAUAAAUUUAAAUGGUUGAAUAUGUGACUAUCCUGUUACAGCAGCAGUUUCGUAGGCAUUCCUUGUUGUAAAUGUGUAACAUUUAGUGAUAUUUUGUUUCACAACAAAAUACUGUAGCUUGUCCACCAUGUUGUGAAUUUAGCAAAGGUUGAUCAAGCCAUCUAUGAUGGUCUAUUGAAACCAUUUUAUUUCUAUGCAAUAUUGCCAGUGAUUCAUGAAUUAGUUCUUGUAAACACAUUAAAAACAAUUUGUACAGAUA